AUGUGGAACUCUGACACGCUGGUCACAGGUAACAUCGCACGUCUUCAGAACAUUUUCACAAAUCGACAGCGUAAUAAAGCAGUAGAAUUCCUUCCUCAGAACAUAAACGUGUAUCAAGCAUAUUCAAAGAAUUCAUUUUUUGCAGAUGACAGACAUCGUAGCGUUCUUGGUUGUUCUGAUUGCGGUCAAUUCUCUGAACGCCCUCCAAGUCCCAUCCAUGGAUUUUUGGAUCUCACCAGGAAGCUCCAGCAAUUUGUCGAUUUGAUCCCGAUCGAGGAGCUCCUGGAAAUAUCGAAAGCCUAUCUGGCCCAGGACGAGCAUUUCCAAACAGUCAUGAAGUUGAUGAACAGCAACGAGUCGAAACAAUGGGUACAAGACAUGGAACAGGCGCCUGAAUUCAAGGUGUUGCUAAACUAUACGCAGGGCAAUAGUUUUGAUGUAAACUUGGUGGUGAACAAUUUCAACAAAGCCCUUAGUACCCGACCUCUGACCUCUAGGAUAACAGCUUACUUGACUCCUUACAAGGUCACCGGUGGAAUCAAUGGUUAUAUGGAGAAUACCGCUUCCCUUAUUUCGAUGGAUAACCUGACGCGUCUCUACGAAGACAAAAUUGAGCACGCCAAAGUGUUUAGAGACUCGGUGCAUGAAGUGGUCUUGAACAAGUACUUAACAUUCUACAUGUCCAUUUUCACGAACAAGAACUUCCUGGAAGUGGGACAACAGGUCGUAGACGCUGGUGUCAACAUAGAAAUUUUCCAAGCCUUGUCCCCAUCUUUAUUUAUAAUUUUCACUGCAGUUUAAAGUUUUACAUGUUAAAAAUGCAAGUGUAUUUGAUAUUUCAAUGCUAUUUAUUGCAGCUUCCCGUGUAUAAGGAAUAAAAUACAUUAUGAUGAAUUAAAAUAUCAUCUUCUUCAUGUUAUGUCCUUUUUAUCUUUGCACUACAUGAACAGUCCGAUUUUUAUAGAAGAAAAAGCUUUGUUAGGAAGUUAUUAGAAAAUCUGCGAUAAUCUCCAUUUACUCCAAAAUUGUAAAAUUUCAAAAAGGUAAUAUUUUCAGAAAAUAAUUUUAGGAAUAUGAUUAUA